AUGGGGGAUCAGAGUAGAGGUCCUGGCGCAACGGGGACAGGUGACCCCCCCCCCUCCUCCCCCUCCACCAUUGAGGAGAUAUCAUGUGUGGACUCCUUUCAAAACGUUCUUGGAAAAUUGCUUACAUGCAUUAUAGAAACAGUUAACGACGGUAAACACGUAACUGCUGCCAACCGAAGAAAAAUCGUUGCGGCUGCCGAGGAAAUCCGCUCAGCAGCCCGCAUAUUACCUGGCAUCAUUGGCGCACCACUCCAGUCGUCUUCGCAAUCUCCCAUCGCCUCCGAUGACCUUAAAAAGGAUAUUAUUGAUGCGGUGCGAAAGGAGAUGACCAGCUUUAAGCAGCAGUUCGCUGCUGCCCACCAGCCAUCACCUAUCAUGACUCAUGCCCAGGCAGUCCGUGCAACUCCUUCUCGGUCUGUAACUUUCCCGAUAGCUUCCCCUCCUACCCCUCCCGUCUCCAAACCCGCCCUCAUCGUAUCAUCGAAGAAAGAAUCUUCAUCUUCUUCUGACACGUUAAACUGCUGGAGGAAGAACGUGUCCUUCCGGGACACUAACUUCGCCCCGGCGGGCGUCCACUUUGUCGCGAACGGCAAGCUGCGCGUCGAGUUCGACCGUCCAGAACAGCUGGAGGUCGCUAUGAGGAAGAUUGGAGAGUCCAACCCCGAGAUCCAGGCCGAAGUCUCUCGUAAGUUAAGACCUAUGUUCAUUGUCAAGGGUGUUAGCUCUGAUAUCUCCGCCACUGAUCUUAAAUAUAUCAUCAUUAAUCAAAACGAAAAUAUCAAAGCUAACAUCCGAAACGAAGCCGACAUUGAGUUUAAGUUUAAACGACCCAAUAGAAACUCGAACCUUUAUAAUGCCGUAUUUGUCUCUGCUCCUUACCUUUGGCGUCAUGUCGUUCAAUCACUUAAGCUCAACGUCGACCAUCAACGUGUUCACGUUGAAGAUUUCACCCCGCUCUUACAAUGUUUUAAAUGCCUCAAGUUUGGUCACACCCGUAAAUUCUGCAAGACCGAGGAGACCCAUUGCUCCCACUGUGCUGAUUCCAACCAUGAAUUUAAAGAUUGCCCUGUCAAAAAAGACUCUCAUAAGCUAACGUGUUACAACUGCAAAUCAUAUUAUAAAGAUAAGAACAGUGAGAGCAAGGGGCCUCUAGAUCACGGGGCAGCUUCAGAUGCUUGUCCAAGGAAGCAGUUUAUGGUCGGCCGAACUAAAUCCAAGGUUGAUUAUGGAUCAUAG